AACACCCACAUCCUCUUCAUCGUAUUUAAACCUUAGGCCAUUCCUCUUUUAACCACAGUUUCCUCCCCCUGCGAGCUUGCCGCGCCAUCAGCCAUGGCCAGACUGGAUGUCACCGAGACCUUCCGCCAGAUCACCUUUCCUGGGCACCUGCACACCCAGGAGUCCCUGCGCUAUGCCACGGACUUCCAGUUCCAGGACACAGACACACUCGUCGUCACCUACCCCAAAUCCGGGACAACCUGGAUGCAGCAGGCCCUUACAUUGCUGAUGAACCGGGGGGAUGCUACCCUGGCUCAGACUGUACCCAACUGGGCCCGUGCCCCCUGGCUGGAACAGUACUACUGCCCCGAGGUGCUGAAGGGCUCCCAGGGACCCCGAAUCAUCACCACCCACCUGCCUUACCACCUGCUGGCCCCCGCCCUCCAGGGCUCCAAGGCCAAGAUAAUCUACGUGGCCAGAAACCCAAAGGAUGUCGCUGUGUCAUAUUACUACUUCCACAAAAUGGCCAACUUCCUUCCCCAACCCGGCACCUUUGACGAGUUUCUCAAUAACUUCCUGGAUGGAACGCUGCAUUAUGGGUCUUGGUUUGAUCACGUGAGAGGAUGGACCAGUCAAGCAGAAGACAAUUUGAACUUUUUUUACAUUACCUAUGAGGACAUGUGGCAGGACCUGAGAGGCUCGCUGGAGAGGAUCAGUGCUUUCCUACAGUGCCCCCUGCAGGCGGAAGAGUUAAACAGCACCCAGAGGCACUGCACUUUCAGCAGAAUGAAGGAGAACGCCAUGGUCAACUACACUCAGAUUCCAGAUGAGAUCAUGGACCACAGCAAGGGCCAGUUCAUGAGAAAAGGUAAAAUUGGGGACUGGAAGAACAUGUUCACGGAGGAGCAAAGCCAGCGUUUUGACCAAGUCUUUGAGUCCGAGAUGCAGAGUUCACAGCUGAGGUUUGUGUGGGAGUGUCUGGGGGACUUUGUGCCUGUUGAGCCCCUGGAAACAAGGACAACCGCGGAGAAACCCGUCCUCUCAGUAGCCUGAUCCUCCUGCUGCAUCUCACUUUCCACCAUUUUGUUUCUGUUUGCAUCCAUGUAAAACAGCAAAUAAUUUUUUUAUUGUAUUUUUCUCCUAGUUUUUUUCAUUAUAUUUUUUGUAAAAUACCUUCUAUAAUACUUGUAUAAUUUUGUAUGCUGUCGUUUAUUCUCUGUUGAAAUAUGGUCCAGUAAAUGUUUGAUAAAAUGAUAAAA